CGCCGCUGGGCUCGGGCUCGGCCGUCUGGCCGUUCGUGAUGUGCACGGCUGAGGUGGACGGUCACGUCGUCCAGAGAUACCUGCUCAGGCGGCGGUUAGGGAAGGGGGCCUAUGGCAUCGUGUGGAAGGCAGUGGACCGCAGGACCCGUGAGGUGGUGGCCAUCAAGAAGAUCUUCGAUGCCUUUAGGGACGAGAUGGAUGCCCAGAGGACCUUCCGGGAAGUUGCGCUGCUCCAGGAAUUUCAGGGCCAUCCCAACAUCAUUCGCCUCCUGGAUGUGAUCCCGGCGGCCAAUGAUAAGGAUCUUUACCUGGUGUUUGAGUCUAUGGACACUGACCUGCAUGCUGCCAUCUGCAAGGGGACCCUGCUGAAGGACAUCCACAAACGCUACAUCUUUGCCCAGCUACUGCGGGCCACCAAGUUCAUCCACUCUGGAGGCGUCAUCCACCGGGACCAGAAGCCAGCCAACGUGCUCCUGGAUGCCAACUGUGUGGUGAAGCUAUGCGACUUUGGCAUGGCGCGGCCUCUGAGCGCCUUCCCACAGGGGCCUGAGGGCCAGGCACUGACGGAGUAUGUGGCCACCCGCUGGUACCGGGCACCCGAGGUGCUGCUGUCCUCCUGCUGGUACACCCCCGGGGUUGACCUGUGGAGCCUGGGCUGCAUCCUGGGGGAGAUGCUUCGGGGUUGCCCUCUGUUCCCUGGCACAUCCACGUUCCACCAGCUGCAGCUCAUUCUGGACACUGUGCCGCCUCCGUGCCAGGAGGACCUCCAGGCUCUGGGCUCCAGCUUCAGCGCCGCCAUCAGGCACCGCCUGGACUGCCGGCCCCCGCGGCCUCUGGAUACUCUCCUGCCGUCCGACACGCCCCCGGAGGCCCUGGACCUCCUCGGGAAGCUGCUGGUGUUUACCCCGGACAAGCGUCUGAGCGCGGCCCAGGCGCUACGGCACCCUUACGUGAAGAGGUUCCACUGCCCGGCCAGCGAGUGGGCCCUGGACUCGGCCGUGCGGCUCCCGGGGCAGCAGGAACGGCUCUCGGCACGCGAGUUCCGCAGCCGCCUGUACCGGGUGCGCGCAGCCCCUGCCCGUUUCGCGCUGCCCGCCGUGUGCCGGCCCGCGCUGGUCGCUGAGCGCGUUCUUCCGCAGAUGGUCGUCGAGCGCAGAGAGAGCGGCCCGGGGGGCGCAGUGCUCGGGGCGGACCCUGCGCUCCGUCCCCGCGCCGCGCCUGACCCCCGACGCCCGCCCGGAUCUCUCGAUGGAGCCCAGAACGUUCCCCGGCAGGGCGGGGCGCGGCCGCGGGAGGGUCGUCAGCACCCCACCCCGCAGGCGGAGUCCCCCGCGCCCCGGGCGGGCCCGGCGCCCUCCCUGACCUCACAGGCUGCCGCGGGGGUGGCCAACCGUGUCCUGAUCCGGAGUGACGGGAACCCAGACCGAGGGGCCAGGAUGGGCAGUGAGCGACGGGUUCCCCACACGCCCCCCGCGGGGCACCGGCCAGGUCGGAGGAUGUUCAGCUCCUCAGAUUCGCAGGGUGCUCAGGGGGCCGCGCGAGCUGCACUGGGGGGCUACUCUCAAGCAUAUGGGACGGUGUGCCAGUCUGCGCUGAACCGCCUGGCCCUGCUCCCUGGACCCCGCACCUGAACCCUCCCCCCCACUGCCUGCUGGGGGCCCUCAAGUCCUCCACUCCCAGUUCCCUCUUCCAAUAAAGUCUU